AUGUCGGAAUCAGCUGAAAUUGCUGUGACAGUUGUAACGUCAGUGCUUAUCAUCACAAGUAUCGUAGGAAACUCUCUUGUUUGCGCCGUUAUUAAGAAGAAUCGAGACAUGAGGUAGAUAACUAUUCAGCAAUGAUACCACAUACUCCCUUCAACCACUUGAUGCCAAAAUCAUUUUUUUACUAUACAACAUAUCUUGCAGAAUUUACCAUCAAUGCCAUUAAUGAGUCCAAUUGACAAUUUUUAACGAGACCAUAAGGCACCUUGUUUACCCCCAAAAUUUUACCUGACCAUUUUUUCCAAUUGAUAAUAAAUUCAAAUGACCGUUUUCACCGAUGCACCUUGUCCCCCACCCCCGAAAAAAAAAAUUACGCAACCAUUAUUUCCAAUUUUCCCUGGGCAUUAUAGUCGUCCCGAGAGAAAUCGAAGACAAUGAUUAUGCAAUUUUUUUUUUUGUGGAGGGGUGUAAACAAGGUGCAUUAUGGCCUCAGUAGAAAUGGUGAAUUGAUUAUUGAGAAAAGGCACUUACUGUGGAACUCACAAAACCAUGAACACCAGAAAUAUUUAUGGAAUGUUAUUGUGGUGCAAGAAAUAAGCCAAUAAGGCGCGAGAUAACUAAACCGCAAACAGCAAUGGUAAUUAAUUUCUGGUUUUGAGGUUUGCUUGCGUAUCCUGAACUUUAUUGUGAUUGGCCAGUACACAAUCAACAUCACGGUUCACGGUUUUCUGAGUUUGACAGUAACGUAAUUACAUCACUGUAUUCAAGUUUUGAUAAAUCUGUAAUUUCUUUUCGCCGUUUGUCGGUAAAGAAUAAUUCUUGAAGUAUGACAUGGUAUGCAAUACAUACGUACAUACAUAUAUACCAUAUUUAACCUCGAAUUCAGAGUAGUUAAAGAUAAGCUAUAAUUUUCGAGUUACAAGUAUAGUUUCAAAUAUCACUAAAAUUUGGAAAUUAUAAUGUCGCCUGUUACAAUACGUUGCUUUAUUUCAUCAUUUAAUUUCACAGAAAUCCCAUAAAUUAUCUACUGGUGAACCUUGCAGUGGCGGAUAUCAUCUAUACAACAUUUAGUUUACCAGGCAUUGUGUUAAGACACACUAACAGUCACCCAGGGGGAGUGACUGGCAAGGUGUUGUGCAUAGUACUGACAAAGGGAAUCUUUGCGUGGGUCGGGGCUUUUUCUUCAGUAUUAACUCUUCUUGCCAUUGCCAUAGAACGCUACCUAAGCGUUAUACACCCCCACGGCAGCAAAGCAAAUCUUACCAUGAGCAGACUAAAGGUAAGUUGCACUUCCAAAACCUUACGGCACCUAGCUAGUAUAAUAUCAUUAAUAGGCGAAUCCUUUUUUACAUUUUGUGCAUCAUUAACAUAUCCUUAUCAUUAAUCUGAGCUCGAUAUACCGAAUAAGUUUUGAGAAAACUUUCAAAAAAUGUAUGAGCUCUUUGCCCCCAGCAAUUUCGCAGUUUUUGAUUCCUGAUAUUUCCUCUGUAAUUGAUUGCAAAGAGCUGAAAAGUGCAUAAACUGCUCCAAUAAAGUAGCUCUUUUAUCCUUUGAACUGAAGUUGUGAAUACGACUUUAUUCGGUAAUAAAGGUUUCAUUAAUUAACCUUUAGUAAGGGGCUGUGAAAAUUUAAGAGGCUGAGGAAGAAUUUGAAGAAUCUCAUAAUCAAAGUAUCGUUUAAGGAUAUCUUUUUAGAUUAGUUUUAGAAUAAAACAUUAAAUUAAAACAUAUCUUUUUACAUUAAAACUUAUCAUUGGAUUAAAACAUAUCUUUAUAGAUUAGCUUUUAAGUAGUUUUAACUUGAUUUUAUUCGCAUUUUAUUUUGUUUAUGAAUUUUUAUCGGCAUUUUUACUGUUAAUCGGUGUCAUCUUUCACAGUCGAUAUCAUAGAUUUAUUUUAUAAAUUUUAAUUAGUAUGACCGUAAAGCACUUUCGAUCAUUUAUACAUGCAUGUUAAAAGGCGCUAUAGUAGAUUUAAAAUUUAUUAUUAUCAUUAUUACUAUUAUUAUUAUUAUUAUAAUACUACUACAUGAGAAAUUUCUUCAAUUUGAUUGGCUAAGAGCAGUGGUACUUCAGCUUAAUUUGAAAUACCUACAUGUGAAAAUUACAAAACCUUUGCGGGUAGUAGUAUAAAAAAAUAAUAGCAUGAUUUGUACGUGACAUUUGGCAUAAAUACCACUAGUGAUAUUUCAAAACCUUCUCAAAUUUCACUCGCCUAACGGCUCGUGAAAUUUCGUAUAACAAUUUUGAAAUAUCACUCGUGGUAUUUGUGCCAAAUAUCACCACAAAUCAUGCUAUUACCCAUACUAAUGAGUAGAAAUUACAGAUGUGUGAAAUUUGUAAAUAUCUCUAAGAGCUCCCUUGGCGUUUUCUCCGACGAAUGCUCCACGUUCUUAGACAUGAUGAAUGACACUGGCUUUGACAAAAAGCAGGAACUUUAUAUAAUCAAGAAAGUGAUAAACAUAGUCAUUAGAGCAACAUACCACACCUUCUGUUGUAGAAAUAGGAAUUGGGAUAGCCCAGACUUAAUGCAAUUUUGAUUUUCUUUUCUUUUCUUUCUUUUUAAUAAUUCGAUCUCAAGCAGUAUUUGUAAAUUGCCUAUACGUAGCGAGAUUUACAAUAAUUAUUGUACAUUCAAAAACACAAAUAAAGUUUCCACUAUUAUUAUUUUUUAAGGAUUUGCGGAUGCAACAAAAUGUACUAAAGAAAAUCACUGUUCGGUAUCUAUGAAUAAGUAGUACAAUAGUGUAGCACUUCUCAGUGACGUCCAUUUGACCUUUCUUACCCGCAAAAAUGUCAUUUCACAGACUUGAGAAUUUGUUACAUGAAUUAGGGAUUUUUCCAUUGUGAGAGAAAUACAUUUUUAUUCUACCAGUUGUCCUAGCUCAACAAAACUCAGAAAUGACAAAACAACAUGCUCAAACCUGCCCAAAGAAGUUCGAUUUAGGUUAAUGUUGUUUUCAUUUUUCAUUACUAGAUUAUUAUUCCUAGUUUUUGGUUCUUUUCAUUGAUUUUGGAAAUCCCGCCAGCAACAAACAUGGCAUUAGACAAGAGAUUUGAUCCAAAAUUCUGCCCCAAGAUGCGGCUUCACUACAAGACAUGGAUACAACAUGGUUACGUAUUCUUAUGGUUUACGAUGGUUGUCAUUUCCAUUGUGGUGAUGAUUGGGUUAUAUUCCAGAGUCGUGUUCACUUUGUGGGCCAGGUGCAACAACGAUGAACUCACACAUCAACAGAGGGUAUUUCAUUUAACAUGUUAAAAAGUUAUAUUGUGGACGUUCACCUAGUACUGUACAAAUUCUCGACCGGUUGAAAAUUCGUGCGUUUAGGGGUUUAGUUCACAGGGAGCCUCCGUAAAGAGAUUUAGACUCCCAACCGUUCCAUAAGUUGAUCGUCAAAAUCGAGUUCAAAUUUUGAGCCGGUACGGUCGAAAAAUUGAUCAGCGUGGUGUGAACACAUUGACCGCCUAAAGGCGUGGUUGCAUGAAUGCUUGGUAGCUUAGUUGGAAGACGCCAUUUUGGAUUGGCUUAAGUUGUACUCUGCGCAAGGACAGAUGGUUAAAACGCUCAAAAAGGUAAAAUUCAACUUGGUUCGUGAGGGGAAAUAUUGAACGGUUCCAUGUGAACGAAAUGUCCGAUCAAAUUUUUUCAGCCGGUCGAACUUUCGUCCGGUACUGUGUGAACAUAACUUUAAAGCUUUUUUUAAAUUCUGACGAGAUUUUUCUCAAUUGUACUCAAUUUUCGGUCUUCCUUCUGAUUUUAUUUUUUUCUUAACAACUACACUUUAUUUACUUGGUUACUGAUAACACUCACGGUGGCUCGCCUGCAUUUUUCAGGGAAAAUACCUCCCAAGUUUGAGCACGUCGCCGUUAUCAAAGAUAUAGGAAACGACCAUCACAGCUUAAUGAGACAAAGAAAAAAAAUUGUUAUUUACAAUGGAACCUCGAUUUAACGGACGGCCAAGGGACUGACAAAAUUUGUUCGUUAUAACGAGGAUCUGCAUGAAACACUGGGAAAGCUUUAUGACCUCUAAUAAAUGAUAGACUCAGCGAGGCAAAAGUAAGAUUUAGUCAGAUUUUAGAAUACUCCGAGCACUGCAUAAUCUUAGCGAAGGUGGCGUGGGAAGCUACUUCAAUGCAUGCAUGCUCAGAUCCCUCCCAGUGUCGUUAAAUAUGCCUGCAAGCAAAAUAAGGGUAACGUCAUUACAUUACUGUAGCAACUGUGAAGUCAACGUAACACUGUUAACAGCAAACUUUCAUCUUUACCUAAUACAGCUGUGGUGAUCACUUUUCCAAAUCUUUUUAAUGGCGACGUAGUUAAUACUUAAACUUGGACGUAUUGCCCCUGAAAGUCUAGUCGAGCCAACAUAACUUAAGUAGUUUUUUUACUGAACUGUUAAACCAAUCCCAGUCAGGGAAUGGCCGUUUGACCGACGACAAAAUGUUUUUUGCUCCAGCAAACUUUAAAAUAACCUGCAAUGUGGUUUUGUGCUUUUUCAUGCAGGGAGUGUUAAAGGUGCGAAAGCGAGUGACCUUAAUGAUUGUAACUGUCAGUGCCAUAUUUGGUAUCACUUGGCUCCCAGAUGUAAUUCUACACGUCCUCGAACAAACAACCAGCCUCAAGUUCAGUACCACCAUAUUUGCUAUUGUUCACACCAUCAUCAUGUUUAACUCCGCUGUCAAUCCAUUUGCAUACGCGUUAAUCAACCAGCGAUUUAGAGAAAAGAUGAAACGAUUGCUGUGCUAUAGUUCAAUUUUAUCGGAACUCAGCAGCUCCACAAAUUUGCAAUCACACAGCAUCGAGUUAAUGAACAGUAACAUCACUCAGCCACGGCCACAGAAAACAGAAAAGGUACAAACUGGAUAG